UUAAUGAUUUGACAUUGUUUUGAUGAGGAUGGAGCUGAUGAGACUGGGCUUGUUCAUGAACUGCAUCUCCUUCUCCCUCUCCAGCAUGCAUGAAAGGAGGUUGUUAAAUGACCUAUUUUUGAACUACAACAAGCUGGAAAGGCCGGUCAACAAUGAAUCUGAACCCGUUCAACUCUCCGUCAGUAUCAGCUUACAGCAGAUAGUAGAUCUGGAUGAGAAAAACCAGAUUAUGACGAGCAAUAUCUGGUUAAAUCUGGAUUGGCAUGAUCACGCUUUAAUGUGGAACUUUUCAGAGUACGGUGGAGUCAAGGAUAUCCGUGUACCUCCGAAGAACAUGUGGCGUCCAGAUCUCCUCCUGUACAACAGUGCUAAUGAAGCUUUUGAUGCUACCUUUCCAACUAAUAUAGUUGUCAAAUAUGAUGGUUCUGUAAGCCAAAUUCCACCAGGCAUUUUUAAAUCCACUUGCACCAUUGAUAUCACAUGGUUUCCAUUUGAUGACCAGAGUUGUGAUUUAAAAUUUGGAACUUGGACUUAUGAUGGAUUCUAUAUAAAUCUAACCAGCUUAGACGAGGGGGUAGAUUCAUCAGGAUUCCAGGACAAUGGCGAAUGGCAAUUGUUAUCUGCUUCAGCUCAGAGGAAUGUUGUGGUUUAUGAAUGCUGCCCAGCUCCGUAUAUAGAUAUAACAGCAACCAUAACUUUAAGGCGAAGGACCCUGUACUAUUUCUCCAACCUGAUUGGUCCUUGUGUUCUUAUUGCCAGUAUGGCGGUAUUAGGAUUCAAUUUUCCACCAGAUUCUGGCGAAAAGGUAACGUUAGAGAUAACAGUUCUCAUGUCUUUAACUUUCUUUAUGAACAUGGUCUCAGAACUCCAGCCACCGUCAAGUGAGACUCCUCUGAUCGGAACAUACUUCUCCUGUAUCAUGAUUAUGGUGGCAAGCAGUGUUGUUUGUACAAUUAUGAUUCUUAACUACCAUCAUAGACUUGCCAGUACUCAUUCAAUGUAAGAUACCAUCAUAGACUAGCCAGUACUCAUUCAAUGUAAGAUACCAUCAUAGACUAGCCAGUACUCAUUCAAUGUAAGAUGUAUCAUGAUUCUUAACUGCCAUCAUAGACUAGCCAGU